AAUCUAUCGGAGAACACGCUUUUCCCUUGUGCAGAGCAGUUUUACUUUCUGGGACUCUCUCUGCUCACAGUAUCCAUGGCGUCCAUCUUCCGAGACCGAACCCUCGGCCACUCCCGGCGGGACUCCUUCUCCUCGUCUUCCUCGGCUGCCGCCGCCACUGCUUCUCCUUCCACCGCCACCUCCCGCAUCGCGCCGUCCGCAAUUUCGCCUGCUUUAAACCCAUUGCCUUCCCCAUUCGGCGAUCUCACCCCCACUCUCUCAGAUUCCGACCUCCGCGCCACUGCGUACGAGAUCUUUCUAUCCGCUAACCGCUCCUCCACUUCCAAGCCUCUAACUUAUGUUUCUAACAAUAGUCACAGCAGUUCACCCACCGGCAAUAGUAGCCCCGCCAAUUCCACUGCUUCUCUGCAGAGAUCAUUGACCUCGGCGGCGGCAUCCAAGAUGAAGAAGGCGCUUGGGAUGAGAUCCAUCAGCUCCAAACGGAGCCCCGAUUCGAAUAAUUCCGGUAAAGUGAAGAAGCCGGUUACGAUGGGGGAACUAAUGAGGACGCAGAUGAGAAUUUCGGAUGCCACUGAUUCCAGAAUUCGCAGGGGUUUGUUGAGGAUUUCUGCCGGCCAGGUUGGAAGAAGAAAUGAAUCUAUGAUUCUCCCAUUAGAGUUUUUACAGCAAUUCAAGGCUUCAGAUUUCACGGACCACGAAGAAUAUGAAGCAUGGCAGAAGAGAAACCUUAGAAUGCUUGAGGCUGGUCUGCUUUUGCACCCUCACAUGCCUUUGGAAAAGUCUAAUGUUGCUGCUCAACGGUUGCGCCAAAUUAUUCGUGCAGCCUUGGACCAGCCAAUAGAAACUGGAAGAAAUAAUGAGUCAAUGCAAGUGCUUCGUACUACAGUAAUGGCACUUGCAAACAGAACAUCUGAUGGAGCUCCACUUGAAUCCAGCCACUGGGCAGAUGGUUUCCCGUUGAAUCUUCGUUUAUACGAAAUGCUUCUACAAGCCUGCUUUGAUAUUAGUGACGAAACAUCCAUUGUAGAGGAAGUUGAUGAGCUAAUGGAACUCAUAAAGAAAACAUGGGCAAUCUUGGGACUGAAUCAGAUGCUGCACAAUCUGUGCUUUACGUGGGUUCUAUUCAACCGAUAUGUUGCUACUGGGCAAGUUGAAAAUGAUCUCUUAUGUGCUGCUGACAAUCAACUUGCUGAAGUUGCUAAGGAUGCAAAAAUGACAAAAGAUCCAAUUUACUCCAAGAUUUUGAGUUCUACAUUGACUGCCAUGUUGGGUUGGACUGAGAAGAGGCUCUUGGCUUAUCACGAAACAUUUGAUAGUGGGAACAUUGAUACCAUGCAAAGCAUUGUGUCUAUUGGGGUAGUGGCUGCUAAGAUAUUGGUGGAGGAUAUAUCAAAUGAGUAUCGUAGGAGAAGGAAAAAUGAAGUUGAUGUUGCUCUCAGCAGAAUUGAUACUUACAUAAGAUCGUCACUUCGCACUGCAUUUGCCCAGAUUAUGGAAAAGGCUGAUUCAAGUAGAAGAGCAUCGAGAAAUCAGCCAAAACCUCUUCCUGUUCUUGCCAUCCUGGCCAAGGAUGUUGGCGAUCUUGCAAUCAAAGAGAAGAACACAUUUAGCCCCAUCUUGAAGAGUUGGCACCCCCUUGCUGCCGGUGUUGCUGUUGCCACUCUACAUGCUUGCUAUGGGAAUGAACUAAAGCAAUUUAUUUCAGGCAUUACAGAUUUGACACCAGAUGCUGUGCAAAUAUUAAGAGCUGCUGAUAAGUUGGAAAAAGAUCUUGUCCAAAUUGCUGUUGAAGAUUCGGUGGAUAGUGAUGAUGGUGGAAAGGCUAUAAUUCGUGAGAUGCCUCCUUUUGAAGCUGAAGGCGCGAUAGCCAACAUGGUAAAAGUCUGGAUGAAGACAAGAUUAGACACCCUGAAGGAAUGGGUUGACAGAAAUCUCCAACAGGAGGUUUGGAAUCCACGAGCUAAUCAAGAGGGAUGUGCUCCUUCAGCUGUUGAGGUUUUACGAACAGUUGACGAGACCUUGGAUGCAUUCUUUCAGCUGCCCAUACCGAUGCAUCCUGCACUGCUCCCAGACUUAAUUACUGGCCUUGACAAAUGCCUUCAAUAUUAUGCAAAUAAAGCAAAAUCUGGCUGUGGUACAAAAAACAUGUACAUUCCUACAAUGCCGGCAUUAACCAGAUGUAAUGUGGGGACAAAAUUUCAAUGGAAGAAGAAAGAGAAGCCACCUAUCACUCAGAGAAGAAACCCUCAGGUUGCAACUGCCAAUGGGGAGGGCUCUUCGGGGGUACCACAGCUAUGUGUUCGUAUAAAUUCAUUGCAUAAAAUACGGAUGGAGUUGGAAGGCAUUGAGAAAAGAAUAAUAACCCUGUUGAGGAACUCAGAGUCUGCUCAUGUGGAAGAUUUCUCAAAUGGAUUGGGGAAAAAGUUUGAACUCACGCCUCCUACAUGCAUCGAGGCAGUCCAACAACUCUCUGAAGGGCUUGCUUACAAAAUUGUCUUCCAUGAUCUAAGCCACGUUUUAUGGGAUUCACUCUAUGUCGGUGAACCUUCAUCUUCAAGAAUCACCCCUUUUGUCCAGGAGCUUGAGCGGAAUCUCACCACUGUGGCUGAUAUCGUUCAUGAAAGAGUCCGUACUCGAAUAAUUGCUGAUGUGAUGAGAGCUUCGUUUGAUGGCUUUCUAUUGGUUCUGCUCGCCGGAGGUCCAACACGCGCCUUUACUGUACAGGACUCCCAGAUAAUAGAGGAUGAUUUCAAGUCCCUGAAGGAACUUUUCUGGGCCAAUGGAGAUGGAUUGCCUAACGAUAUAAUUGACAAAUUUUCGGCAAAAGCAAGAGAUGUCCUUCCACUGUUAAGAACAGAUACAGAUAGUCUUGUUGACCGGUUUAAACGACUGACUUUGGAAAAAUAUGGCUCCUCUGCUAAAUCCAGAUUUCCCUUACCUACAACAUCGGGUGACUGGAACCCGACUGAUCCUAACACGCUGUUGCGUGUUCUUUGCUACAGGAAUGAUGAAGCUGCUACAAAGUUUCUGAAGAAGACCUAUAAUUUACCAAAGAAGCUGUAACUAUCCUUGCGGGAUCCUUAUGGAUUCUGCCCAUUGGGGAAGGCAGUUACCGAAUUUUCUAUUGAAACUUGGAAUUGCGCGGUACCUGGUACGGCUCCGAGGUUUUUAUUUAAGGUCUGUUUAUUGCAAUGCUUGAAUAUAAGUAGUAUUAGGAGAGGUAGAUUCAACUUGGUGGCAUAUAUGUUUCAUAGAUGACGAGAUUCGUUUGUUCUUUGAUACUGGUUCUGUUUUUUUUUUUUUUUUUUUCCUGCUGUUCUAAGGUACGGUACGUCUGCGUGUGAUUUUUUGUUGUAGAGAAGUCGGUGAAUAUGUGCAUAAAGAAACUCUGGACCUUUAUAUGUGCUGAAGUAUUUGUUAUUUAACAUUUGCAUAAAUGUUAUACAUUUGUUUUUACCAUGAAAUUUUUGUUAUGUGAUUUAUCAUU